AUGGAAAACUACGACAAUCUUGGUGUUUUGGGAGAAGGAGCGUAUGGAGUUGUAAAUAAGUGUAGACAUAAGGAAACGGGACAGAUUGUUGCCAUUAAAAAGUUUAAGGAAUCGGACGAAGAUGAACAAGUAAAAAAGACUGCGCUACGAGAAAUAAGAAUAUUGAAGCAAUUGAGACAUGAAAAUAUUGUAAACUUACUCGACGUGUUCCGUAGGAAAGGCAAAUUGUAUCUUGUAUUUGAAUAUAUUGAAUCAACAAUACUAGGAAAACUGGAAGAAAAAUACCCUUACGGACUUGAUGAGGAUAUGACCAAAAAGUAUUUAUAUCAAAUAUUGAAAGGAGUUGAAUAUUGUCACUCUCAAAAUAUAAUUCAUCGAGACCUAAAACCAGAAAAUUUACUUGUCUCCAAAAGUGGAGUUUUAAAAAUUGCUGAUUUUGGGUUUGCAAGAACAUUAGAAGGAACAGGAGCCAAAUACACAGACUAUGUUUCCACGCGGUGGUACCGAGCGCCAGAGUUGGUGGUAGGUGACAGAGAAUAUGGAAAAGCAGUGGAUAUUUGGGCCAUAGGUUGCAUGCUUUGGGAGCUUCUUGAAGGUCAACCUUUGUUUCCUGGAGAUUCUGACAUUGACCAACUAUCUAGGAUAAUUAAUUGUUUUGGAAAACUGUCUGAACAUCAGAUUGAAGUGUACAACAACAACCCAUUGUACAGAGACGUGGAAUUACCCAAACCAUCUUCUGAAGGCAUUGUCUCUUUGGACAGUAGAUACAAAACAAAUAUUUCAAAAGAAGCUCUAUCUUUUAUCAAAGCAUGUCUCAACGUAGACCCCAGCAAAAGAGGUACCUACGAGGAUUUACUGAACCAUGCUUAUUUAAAGGGGUAUCAGGAAUGGUAUGAAAAUGAUUUUCCAAUGUUAUUGGACCAUGACAAUAUUUCAUUGAACUCUUGGAAGAAAUCAAAGAAGGAAAGGCUGGAAAGAAAGACAUCUGUGUGUGCGGUGGAUGAUGAAAAAAUACUCAAAACAAAAAAAUUAGCGAAAAAAGAGGACACUAAUGAACUUCAAGAUCAUCAUGAGAUGCUACCAGAUAUAUCUGGCCUAAAAGCGAGAGGCCUUGUUGGUCUCCCUUAUUUGUCAGACUGUAAAAAAGAUGUUUCGAACCCAGAAGAAGGAACGCCACCAAGGUCACAAUCGCCCACACAGUUUCUUCCGGAACUACACGAACCAAAGAGCACUUCCAAACCUAAAAAGAAGAACAGAAAAAAGAAGCAACCUAAACCCUUACAUGUACAAACACCCAUUACUCCAAAAAGACCGCCAACAAAUCAAUCGAGUAUUUAUGAUGAUUUAAUUUUCAACGGAACAACAAGAGAAAAGAAUGACCUGCUUGGAUCCUAUUCUAAAUACAGCUCAACGACCAAGAAAUUUCACAAAUAG